AUUGACAAAAGUUUCUAGAUGUAGCUAGACUAGAUCUAGAAUAAUAGCAAUAUCUAGCAAGUGUAGACAGUUCUGCAAUGUUUCAACAUAAUUUAAAGAUGUGUGCCAGAUCUAUUGUGUUAUUGGGGUGUUUAUUUGAAGCUGUCCAUAGUCAAGAAGUGAGAUAUGCUCUGUUCACUUCUGGACCUACUUUUGGUUUUGACUCAUCAGAAGCUGUCCCAGCCAUUGAGUUAGCAGAGGAGAUGAUUAAUGCUGACAGCUCCAUUCUACCUGGCUACAACCUCACUCACACACCUGUGGUGGACACAAUGUGUGACAGGACUGUAUCUCUGAAUGAGUACUUUGAGGCCACUUUUCCGCUGCAACCAACCAUCCUCGGUCUACUGGGCUGUGGAUGCUCAGCUGCCUCUGAGCCUGUCGCAGAGAUCAUCCAUCAUAACAGCUUAUCACAGAUCUCUUACAUGUCAUCAUUGACUGGACUUAGUUACAGAGAACGUUAUCCUAAUUUCUUCCAAAUGCUACCUUCUGACAAUGGCAUAGCACAAGCUAUUGUUACCCUCAUGCAGAAAUUUGGCUGGAGACGCAUUGCCAUCCUCACUGAAGAUGAAAGUUUGUUUACAGAGGUCAGGAAGACGAUACUAUAUGAUGAUGCUGCAUUUUGUAUCUGUUUGUAACUGUACCCCAGCCGUGAAUUUGCGGGAUUAUCCGAUACUUGGCAUGGAAAUUAGAUUUAGUUUCUUCACAGCAGUCUCGAAUGUCUUCCUACUGGAUUACCACAGACUGAUAUGUGUGCUGUAAAAUUACAUGCUGACAAGCACAAAGCCGUUGGCAUUGUUUUCAGCUAAUUAUUGUUUUCAGCAGUAUAGAACUGAUCAUAAAUAACUCCCUUUGACCAUGCUAUUUGUUAUGCCUCAGUACGCAUGUGCAAGCGAGGUAUACGGUAGUGUGGUGUGUGUGUAGACUGCUACAGCUGCUCAUGGAUCAAUGAAGUGCAAGUAAGAGUUUCUAUAGGCUUCUAGUCAUGGAUUUUAAUUCGUGGAUUUUUCAAAUAUAAUGCUUGGUUCUCGAGUUUUGCUUACAUUCUUUCUUUUAAUUACAGCGCCACUCUAAUAGAAGCGCCAAGUUCACAAAAUAAUUGAGUGCCAAGUAAGUUUUUGAAUUUGUUUGCUGGUGCUUAGGUAACUAGAAAAUAGAUUAUAACACGGCCUUUAAUCGAGGCUCUACUGAUCUAUGACAGAGGAGGUUGGAAGGAUGUUGAGAUCACGUGUGAACAGAACAAUUAAGAAGUGUAAAUAUGCUGAGUCGCGCUAUUUUUGUGUCCACCGAGGCAUCAGCACCCGCGGUGCUUUCAUUAAUUUAGUUCUUAAUUUUAAAUACAGACUGAGGAAACAUUAAUUAGUGCCCUCAGGAAUUCCGAAAUGGAAGUAGUUAAUAAAGUGAUGAAUCUCCUUAAUGCUACAGCUGAUCAACAUUUCUUUGUAAGUGGCUAAUCUUUUAUUUUGUCAUGCAUCUUAUAAAUGCGAUAGUUUUAAGAGGGUGACUAUCGAGUGUUCUUCCUCAACGCCUACUCAAAUACAGCUCGUCACAUUUUGUGUGAGGCCUAUCUAAGGGGGUACACUUAUCCCAAAUAUGCGUGGUUGACCUACGGCUGGUACCAGGACAGGUGGUGGACAGAGGAGGUGAACCCAGAGACAACAAACUGCACUGACAACCAGCUAGCAGAGAUCCUGCACAGAUCUCUCACCCUAGAGCAACUGCUUCCACACGGGAUUUCUGGUCAUGUAUCAAACACAGAACCUAUCACAGUGGUAUAUGCGAAUUUGUGUCACUGUGUUUAAUUGUGGUCAUUUUUUCUUUUUUGUACAUGCAGUCUUCAGGUGACUUCAAUUUUUCGUAUGAACGACAACUGCUUACAUCUGCAACAAGAUCAAGCUAUACAUGCAUACUCCCUAGCUUAUGAUGCCCUCUGGACAUUUGCUAUCGCACUGAACAAGACCAAUGAGAUGGUUCGUGGUCUGACAAGAGAGGAGAUAUUGAACAUGACUCAGUGUGGAGGGACUGAUGAGGAGACUGGUGUAGAGUGGGAGGUGGUGUCACUGGAGAACUUCACCUACUCCAAUCAGCUCAUGGGCUGCAUCAUCAGGUGGAACCUGGAGAGAACAGACUUUGUGGGAAUCUCGGGUCAAGUUGCUUUCAAUGACGAUGGUUCAAGAGUACAUAUUCAUGUGGAGGUAGAUCAGUACAGACUGAAUGAAGACAGAACUUCUAUUGCUUACAUCUUGCCUGUGAAUGAGUCUUUAGCUCAGCUUGUCUAUACAAGAACAAUGAAAGCAACCAGACUGUAUAUCCUAGUUCAGAGGGUGGUGUUCCACCAGACGGCACACCUGUCAUUGUGGAGGUCAGCUUUCAUUUGGCAUUGGUCGUGCCCCUCUACAUAUUGGCAACUGCUGGAAUUGUUUAUAGUACAGUAUGUCUGGUCUUCACCUUGAAACAGCGAAAGAAAAAAGUGAUACGCUUGAACAGUCCAAACAUAAAUUAUGUCAUUAUCACUGGGAGCUACAUCAUGAAUGCAUCAAUCUUCUUCCGUGUCAUGCCAAGUACAGACCCUGUAAUUACACUAGCCAGAUGCUAUCUGGCGACUCUACUCAAUACUAUUGGCUACUGUUUAGCCUACGGAGCAAUUCUGGUCACAAUGGGGAGGAUAUACUACAUCUUUCAUAAUCCAACUACAAACAAGAAGACUUGGAAAGACUGGCACCUUCUAGUGAUUGCGCUGGUUAUCACUGGAAUCAGAACGCUGCUAUCAGUUUUGCAAGUUUCCGUUCCGAUACUGCAACCACAGUCGUAUAAGGCACCAAAUGAAGAACCACCAAGUGCUCCAAUGAAUGAGUACGGAUUGAGGAUUGAUGAGGUGGCUUGGUUUUGCUAUAGUUUUAGUCGAACACCAGUGGCUACUGCAUGGGUGAUCGUUACGUCCAUCUACCUCGCAAUACUACAGUUAAUCGGAAUUAUUCUGGUGUUUCGUACUCGCAAAGUCAAAAUAAAGGCACUGAAAAACUCCAGAUACAUUAUAGCAGCAAUCUACGUCUCAGCAAUUUCACUGCUUGUAAUUCUAGUAUCAACUUUUGCUUUAGGAAAUCGGCGAAAUGUCAUUGAGCUUUUGUUCUCAGGAAGCUUGAUAGUGUCAACCAACGUGGGUCUGAGUAUGGUCUUUAUUCCAAAGAUGGUGAGCUUGUACAAAAACCCUAAAGGAGAACACGUUUUUGAUGCAAUGACAUUUAUUAAUGGAAUUCAAGACACGGUCAUUAGCAUCUCGGCACUCAAGAGUGACAGUGGUUCAACAAAGAUUUAUCAAUUGGAAUCUAAAGUUACGGCACUGGAGAAGAGAUUAAAAGAGUAUCAGGUAUACAUUUGCACUUGACUAUAGUAGGCUUAGGGAACAUUAGGUAUAAUUAUAGGCAAAUAAAUUAGAAUUGUUGUAUGGUUGAUACUUAAGAUCUAAAGGACCCUUAAAAUAAUCUCAGCCACUUAUUUUUUUGUUGUUUGUUGUUUUUGUUGUUUUGCUGCAUGCAGAUAUCAACUGGCGGACAUUGAAACUUAAUUAUGUGUUGUAUUUGUAGUUUGUAGUUGUGAUU